UAACUGGAAGAAGAGAAGUAUUUUUUUGAGUUACCAUACUGGAAAACUAACUUGCUACGCCAUAAUCUAGAUGUAAUGCAUAUUGAGAAGAAUGUUUGUGAUAGUGUCGUUGGAACGUUAAUGAAUCUAGAUGGAAAGACCAAGGAUCAUUUAAAAGCACGCCUUGAUUUGCAAGAAAUGGGUAUUAGACCUGAACUUCAUCCUAAAGUUCAGAAUAACAACAAAGUGUAUUUGCCACCUGCUUGUUUCUCAAUGGAUAAAAAGGAGAAAGAUAUAUUUUGUCGUGUUCUUAAAAAGGUUAAAGUUCCAGAUGGUUAUGCAGCUAAUAUAUCAAGAUGCGUAGAGUUAAAACCUCCAAAACUGUUUGGCCUUAAAAGUCAUGAUAGCCAUAUUUUGAUGCAGCAGUUGCUUCCCAUUGCUUUGCGAAAUGUGUUACCUAAGCACGUGCGUUAUCCUGUGAUCAAGCUAUGUCGUUACUACAAACAGUUAUGCUCAAAAGUUCUUAAUCCAAAUGAUUUGGUUCAAAUGGAAAAUGAGAUUGGAAAAAUCCUUUGUGAUUUAGAAAGGAUUUUUCCGCCAUCAUUCUUUGAUGUCAUGGUUCAUCUUUCGGUUCAUCUUGCUUCAGAGGCCAAAUUAGGAGGGACAGUUCAUUACCGUUGGAUGUAUCCAAUCGAGAGGUAUUUAUCUACAUUAAAAUCUUACGUCAAAAAUAGGAGUAAACCCGAGGGUUCCAUUGCAGAAGGAUAUUUAGCUGAAGAAUGUUUGUCAUUUUGUUCAUUGUACUUAUCAAGUAAUGUCGAGACCGUACAUAAUAAGACAAGUCGGAAUUAUGAUGACGGUGGUUUCGAGGAUAUUUUACCUAUCUUUUCUAUGUCGGGUCGGCCGAUUGGUGCUACAGUGGUAGAGAUACUUGACCUUGACAUUUUGGCUAAAGCACAUUCAUAUGUGUUAUUCAAUUGUAGUGAAGUUGAUGAAUUUAGAACAGAACAUCUGACGAAUGUUCGUCAUGAAAAUCGGAAAUUACGUGAGCGUGAGAUUCAGCGUUUACAUAGCGAGACUUUUGAGUCAUGGUUUCAAGAUCAUGUUGAGGAGCUGCAUACCAGAGGGGAUCAUAGAAUCACGGAAGAUCUAAGAAACUUGGCAAGUGGCCCAGCUGAGUUUGUGAAAAAAUAUAAGGGAUUUAUCAUAAAUGGUUUCCGAUUUCACACAAAAGAUCUGGAACAAAAUAGGAAAACACAAAAUAGCGGAGUUAUGCUUGAGGCCAUGACUAAUAGCUUCUCAAGUGCUAAAGAUAACAAUCCUAUCGUGGGAGAUGUAACAUACUAUGGGGUUUUGAAUGAUAUCAUUGAGUUGGAGUAUGCUGUUGACAGGAAAGUAGUUUUGUUCCAUUGUGAUUGGAUCUCGAAUGGUUCAAGGAAAAAGCAAGAUGAGAAUGGGUUUACUCUACUCAAUUUUGAAGGUUUGAACCCUCAUAAAGACCCUUUUAUACUAGCUUGUCAAGCACAACAAGUAUUUUAUGUUGCAGAUCGUGUUGACAAAGGAUGGAAAGUUGUGAUCAAGACAACGCCUAGAGAUUCUUAUGACAUGAAUGAACAAACAUGUCUUGAGAAUGUAGAAACACAUUUGCAGAGUGACACGUCUACGGGUCCUCAACUUGAUGAAAAUAUGAAUAUUGAAUUGGUUAGAAGGGGUUUAAAUGGGACCAUUGUUGACAAAAAUACCUUAGUUUUUGACGGGGAUGAAGAUCUAUUUGAAGCUGCUUCAUGA